AUGGUAUCAUGGGGGCAUCAUGCAAUUAAUUUGGCUCCGAAAUUCCUGAUCAUUGCCGUCGCCUUCUUGGCCUGCGCCUACGCCGAUGUCUCGGAGUUGGCAGCAGUUGGAGGAUAUGAUUAUCCCCAGCCCGCUCCGCCGGCGCCUGUGAAGAGCUACAUUCCCCCACCGCCACCACCACCCCCACCAGCACCCAAGAACACCUACAUCCCUCCCCCAGCUGCGCCUGCCAAGGCCUACAUCCCACCCCCACCACCACCACCACCACCGGCGCCCAAGAACACCUACAUCCCCCCAGCACCUGCCGCAGCUGCUCCCGUGGAGACCUACAUCCCUCCCGCGGCCCCAGCCCCCGCCUACAUCCCUCCCGCUGCUCCAGCCCCCGCCUACAUCCCACCUGCCCCCGUCCAGGCCGAGGAGCCCAUCAUCGAGGAGAUCGAGCAGCCCGCCCAGGACGGCUACCGCUACAAGACCGUCCGCCGCCGCGUCUUCCGUCACCGCAACUAA